AAUCAUUCGCCAUCAGCCGCUCCUCCUCCGCGGUGCUCCCCACUGCAGCUUCUCGUCUUCAGCUGAGCUUCGCUGUGCUAAACCAAUUCUUCUGUUCUGUGUGGUUGGAUCUGCAGUUUUGCAGAUAUAAUCAAAUUUAUUCGCAACGUACAUAUGUAAAUAAAAGCGUUCGGAAUAUGCCAAGCGCCUGUGAUCGCGACUGCUGAAAGGGCAGCCAAAAUACGAUAAUAUAUAAGAGCGUCAACGCAACCAAAUAACCACAAAGAAGCCGUAACAAAUACAAUACCAUAAACUAUAGUAAGAACUAUCCCCAAAAAACAAGAAGCAACUAACAACGAGAUGAAGUACGCAACUGGAACUGACAACGCGAUGACCUCCGGCAUCAGCGGCCAAACCAAUAACUCUAACAGUGCAUCCAACGAGAUGCAGCCAACCACAUCAACGCCUACUGCAGCCCACAAGGAGGCCACAUCAACGGCCACGACGACGGCGACAUACGCCAAUGGCAAUCCCAAUUCUAACGCCAAUCCCAGCCAGAGCCAGCCGUCCAAUGCGCUGUUUUGCGAGCAGGUGACCACAGUGACAAAUCUCUUCGAGAAGUGGAACGACUGCGAGCGAACCGUCGUGAUGUACGCGCUGCUCAAGCGGCUGCGCUACCCGAGCCUCAAGUUUCUACAGUAUUCUAUCGACAGCAACCUGACCCAGAACCUGGGCACCUCCCAGACCAAUCUGAGCAGCGUGGUUAUUGACAUCAAUGCCAACAAUCCGGUGUACCUGCAGAAUCUACUCAACGCCUACAAGACGUUCCAGCCAUGUGACCUGCUCGACGCCAUGUCCUCCUCGUCGUCCGACAAGGACUCGAUGCCAUGCUACGGCAGUGACUUCCAGAUCACCACAUCGGCGCAGUGUGACGAGCGGAAGCUGUAUGCCCGCAAGGAGGACAUUCUGCAUGAAGUACUGAACAUGCUGCCUCUGCUGAAGCCGGGCAAUGAGGAGGCCAAGCUUAUCUACCUGACCCUUAUACCAGUUGCCGUCAAGGACACCAUGCAGCAAAUUGUGCCCACGGAGUUGGUGCAGCAGAUCUUCUCGUACCUACUCAUCCAUCCAGCUAUCACCAGCGAGGACAGACGUUCGCUCAACAUUUGGCUGCGUCACUUGGAGGAUCAUAUCCAAGCGGCUGCGGCGGGCCUGACAAAUCGCAGUUACUUCCUGCAGCCCUCGCCGCAACUGGUCGCUGGUGGUAGCUCAACAGGCAGUGGUAGCUGUUCCUCUUCGGCGACCAGCUCUUCGACAGCAUCCUGUUCGUCGGUGGCCUCAUCCUCGUUGUGCCCCGCAAGCGGCAGCCGUUCCUCACGCACCAACGACUGGCAAACGAUCGCCCCGCCCAGCAAGCAAUUGCAAAACAAAUUGGCCGGUGAUUGGCGUGGCAAUGGAGGCGGCAGCUCCAGCGGGUCGAUCAAUCCACUCUGUGAUAAUCUUAAUGGUAUUACCCUGAACGAAUUAGCUUCUAGUCAGAACAGUCUCGGCCUGUCGCUGGAGGGCAGCUCUUCCCUGGUCAACGGUGUGGUCGCUGGUGCAGGCUCUAUGUUGGGAAUCGCUGGUGGCGACGAUCAUGACACGUCAUUUAGCAAGAAUGGCACGGAGAUUCUCGAUUUUGACCCGGUGACGGCGGACAUGGGUGAGGCCUGUAGUCUGGCCAGCAGUAGCCUUUGUGGACGUAACGGUGGAAAUCCUGUUGAGGAUCGAUCGCAACCUCCGCCGAAUCUUCAGCAGCAAUUGCUUCAGCCUCCUCCCUAUGCCUCGAUCCUUAUGGGAAACGUGGGCGAUCAGUUUGGAGAGAUCAACCGGUGGAGCCUGGACAGCAAGAUUGCAGCCCUGAAGACGCGGCGCUCUAACAGCCUCACCACGCAAACGAUCUCUAGCUGUUCCAGCUCGUCUAACUCAUCGGUGAUCACGGUCAAUGACAACUGCUCCAAUUCAACGGAGAAUCUGGCACAGUUUGCCAACAAGCCCCGUAGUUUUUCCUUAUCGAUUGAGCAUCAGCGCGGCGCCUUGAUGAACAGCGGUUCCGAUACUCGUCUGGAUGAAUUCAAGCCCAAUUAUAUUAAGUUCCACACGCGCAACGUGGGCAUGUCGGGAAUCGGACUCUGGCUAAAAUCCUUGCGUCUGCACAAGUACAUCGAGCUGUUCAAGAACAUGACGUACGAGGAAAUGCUCUUGAUCACCGAGGACUUUCUGCAGAGUGUUGGCGUCACCAAGGGCGCCUCCCACAAGCUUGCCCUUUGCAUUGAUAAGCUGAAGGAACGGGCCAAUAUUCUUAACCGGGUAGAACAAGAACUGCUAUCGGGUCAAAUGGAGCUGAGCACGGCGGUUGAGGAGCUAACAAAUAUUGUGCUGACACCAAUGAAGCCACUGGAGUCUCCAGGACCACCGGAGGAAAACAUUGGUCUGCGUUUUCUUAAGGUCAUUGACAUUGUGACCAAUACGUUGCAGCAGGAUCCGUAUGCUGUCCAAGACGACGAGACUUUGGGUGUGCUUAUGUGGAUUCUAGACCGCUCUAUCCACAACGAGGCAUUUAUGAAUCACGCCAGUCAACUCAAGGACCUGAAGUUUAAGUUGUCCAAAAUGAAGAUCUCCAUGGUUCCCAAAAUGCAUCACGUCAAGCCAGCCGGCGUCGGGCCAAACAAUGGGAACAUUAACAAGCCAAGAUGGAAUGGUAAGACUCGCAAAUGCGAUACUAAAAAUGGCAGCAACGAUAGGAUUAACAACCGCAAAAACUCCAACGACAUGCUAAACUUUUCGCUAAAUUGCCUGCCACACCCGCUGCCCCAUCAUUCGCAGCAGGCUCCGCCGCCUCUGCCACAGUUUGACUACAACGGCUAUGGCGGCGGUCCAUCCCAUCAGCCGCAGUACAAGAGCUCCUCGUACCCAAGCUUCAUGGGUAAUCCUCAGCAGCAGCCACCACCGCCGCCGUCUAGUAAGUCGCAUCAUCAUCCCCAGCAGAUGCAACAGAUGUUGCAGCAACACAACCACUUUCCAGCGCUGCCUCAGCAGACGCCACCACAAUCGCAUCGCCGGUCGCUGAAUAAUCUUAUUCUGGUGGCCGGAGGUCCGCAGCAACCGCAGCAAUUGAUCUUUAAGCCCGGUCAGGGAGUGCUCACCAACAACGGAUCUAACGACAACCUGGUAUUGGAACGCAAUCAGCAGUCGCAGCAGCAGCAGCAGCAGAGAAAACUUAGCGGAGGAGUGUCCAGUGCGGAGCAACAACCAAAGAAGACCAUGGCCGCUGUUGUGAUGGUUAGUAAUCCAAACCAGAAUCAGGACCAGCACGAUCAGCCCCAGAUCCUGAUCAACAACAAUAAUAACAACAGCAUGCUGAACAACAAUUUGAUUAACCAGCAACAGUUGCAACUUUUGGCAGCAGCUGCUGCCGCCGUGGGCAGUGGCAGCUGUCUGUGCUCCAAUGGUGGUGGUGGUGCCUGUGUCCACAAUAUCUGUCACCAAAGCAGCAAGAACAACAAUCAUGGCGUAGACCAUUGCCUGUCCCAGUCACCGUUGGGCAGCCUGGGCAUGUCGCCCCACGUCACCGAGUACAAGAUGAACGACUUUAAGAGCCUAGAACAGCUGGAGACGUUGUGUCGCCAAAUGACUGAACAGGCAAUGAACUGAGCAAGAUUCAGGGCUAUCUGGGUUUUGAAAUCAUCAUGAAAAUUUGGCCAAAUUUGAUCAACAUUUUACGCUAUUCUAAACCCCAAUCACAACAUCAACUAUUUCAUUCACUAUCAACAACGUCGCCAAAUGAAAGAAAUACCCCGAUCUGAACGACGACGAAAAAUGGUUUAUCUAGUAAAAAAUUAUAAAAUGAACUCUGCAUCGUGACCAUGAGACUGACUAAGAUUACUUUUCGCAACUAUAAAAACUAGAAGGAAGAAAGCUGGAUGGAGAGGGAAUUGAAAAGUGAGAAUUGAGAAACGAGAGCUGAUAAUUGUUUGCGCGAAUCAAAACUAGGCUUGCUGAAUGAAGUAGUAGUCACAUAAUGAAUAUGUUUAUAUAUACACGUACACAUAAUUUAUUUUAAAUUAAAAGGAACAUAUUUGCUGAACCGUAACUGCACCAGAGGAAAUCGCAACGGCGGAAACUACCACUAGACUAAACUUUAACAGAAAAGAGUUUCAAUGUUUCACUGUUUGUGUUUGAGAAUCGGAACCACAUAUUGUAUUUUGCAUAUUUAAGCGUAAGCCAAAUCCAUGUAUUGCAUACCGAUCAUGAUCACCAUUGUCAUUGAUUAGAUUAUCUCUACUAUUACUAUUAUGUUUGCUUUAGUCAAUUGUUUAUAAUGUAAAUGGCAAGCCAAUCACUCGAUAUGUUAUGUUUUAGUUGUUUUUUUAAAAAUUAUAUAUAUUUAUAUAUACAAAUGUAUGUCGCUAAGCUUAGGUUCAAACAAAAAACGACGAUGGGCCAAGCUGGAAAAAAGAAGGCAGCCAAAAAAUAUUUACCUUAAGAGCGUAAAAACGUGUAGUCUAAUUGUAAAUGUAUAAAAACGAACAAAUGCAUGUGUAAAAAUCUUGGUUGGAAAUGUUUUUGUUUUCUAAUUUCUCGUCGAUAUUUCCAAGAUUUGUUUGUUUACAACAACCGCAACACUGUAAAUCGCAGAUGCUUUUAUUUAAUAAUAAAAACCUAUUGUACGGCCAGUUGGGAUACAAAGAUAAUCGAAACCUAAUUGUCAAACUUUAGCGAGUUCAAAACGAUCCACAAACUAAAUGGUUUAUUGUAAAAGUGCAACUACUCGUAGACGAAUGUGCAUAAGUCAGUUAAAUGUUCGCAAAAUUAUCAUAAUGCGAGCAUAAACCAAGCGUGUACCUACCCACACAUAUACACACAUACAAUACCUACAUAUAUUUAUUUUCAAUAAAUUAUUUCGAGAUUU